UCGUCAUUGCUGAGAACAGCCUCUCUGUCCAACCUGUUUGGAAGAAGAAAAAGAUCUUUGGAUUCCGAUGUUGAGAGCAGUCAUAAUGAUGAUAGUCACAAUAAUGAUAGCUCAAGUGAAGAUGAAGUAGCUCAUAAAAGACGUAAAACUGAUAGCAUUGAAGCCAAGAAAAGAUUUGCUGAACAAGAGAAACGCUAUACUGAGGAAUUGCCUGAAGAAUAUCGUAAAUUCAGACCUGUUGGGUUUAGAUUCAAUUUACCUCCAAAAAAUCGUCCUGUUCGAAUUUAUGCCGAUGGUGUUUUUGAUUUAUUCCAUCUUGGUCAUAUGAGACAAUUAGAACAAGCCAAGAAGGCCUUGCCAAAUGCUCAAUUGAUUUGUGGUAUUCCUUCAGAUGUUGAAACCCACAAGAGAAAAGGUUUAACUGUCUUGUCAGAUUAUCAACGUUGUGAAACACUAAAACAUUGUAAAUGGGUUGAUGAAGUUAUCCCAGAUGCUCCAUGGUGUGUUACUCCAGACUUCUUAGAGAAACACAAGAUUGAUUAUGUUGCUCAUGAUGAUUUACCUUAUGCAUCUUCUGAUUCUGAUGAUAUUUAUAAACCAAUUAAGGAAAAAGGUAUGUUUUUAACAACACAAAGAACCGAAGGUAUUUCCACUUCUGAUAUCAUUACAAAGAUUAUUAGAGAUUAUGACAAGUAUUUGAUGAGAAAUUUCGCUAGAGGUGCAACAAGACAAGAAUUGAAUGUUUCUUGGUUAAAGAAAAAUGAAUUGGAAUUUAAAAAACAUAUUGGUGAUUUUAGAUCAUAUUGGAAAAAGACAAAUGAAAAUUUAAACAUUGCUUCAAAAGAUUUAUAUUUUGAAGUUCGUGAAUAUUUAUUGAAAAAAUCAAUUUUGAAACAUAAUAAUAAUCAUGAUGAUGAUGACAAUAGCUUGAUGAGAUCAGGUAGUCCAGCUACUGAAUUUGCUCAAAAUUUCACUGGUGAAAAAAAUGAUGCUUCAAGAUCAAGAGAUAGAAAAUCUCCAUCUUUUAUUGAAAAUUUUAAAGACUGGAUGGCUAAAAAUGAUAAUGAAAUUUCGGAUAGAGAAACAAUUUCAAAACAAGACACAAGUGAUAUUGAAAGUCAUAAUGAUGAUGAA